AUGAGGAGACUGUUGCUGUGGGUUGGGCUGGUUCUGAUGCUGAAACAACACGAUGGCGCUGCCCACAAACUGGUGUGUUAUUUCACCAACUGGGCACACAGUCGACCCGGCUCAGCCUUGGUCUUGCCCAGAGACCUGGACCCCUUUCUCUGUACCCACCUGAUAUUUGCCUUUGCCUCAAUGAGCGACAAUCGGAUGGUGGCUAAGGACUCCUACGAUGAGAAGAUCCUCUACCCCGAGUUCAACAAGCUCAAGGAGAGGAACUGGCAGCUGAAAACGCUGCUGUCCAUCGGCGGCUGGAACUUCGGCACAUCAAGGUUCACCACUAUGCUGUCCACAUCUGCCACCCGGGAGAAGUUUAUCAAUUCAGCUAUAUCCCUCCUGAGGACACACAACUUCGAUGGUCUGGACCUCUGCUUCUUGUACCCUGGGCUAAGAGGCAGCCCCAUGCAUGACCGGUGGAACUUUCUCUCCUUAAUUCAAGAGCUGCUGUUUGCCUUCCAGAAGGAGGCCCAGCGCAGCAGGUGUCCAAGGCUGUUGCUCUCUGCUGCUGUCUCUGGGGACCCGAAGAUCAUCCAAAGAGCUUAUGAUGUGCCCCGUCUGGGAAGACUCCUGGAUUUCAUCAACGUCUUGACUUAUGACAUGCAUGGGAGCUGGGAAAAGUUCACAGGACACAACAGCCCCCUGUUCUCUCGCCUUGGAGACCCCAAAUCUGCGGCCUAUGCCAUGAAUCACUGGCGGAAACUGGGGGCCCCCUCGGAGAAGCUCCUCAUGGGGUUCCCCACCUAUGGACGGACGUUUCGCCUCCUCAAGGCCUCUGAGAAUUGGCUGCAGGCUGAAGCGGUGGGACCUGCGCCUCCAGGGAAGUACACCAAGCAGCCUGGCUUCUUGGCUUAUUACGAGGUUUGCUCCUUUGUCUGGAGAGCGAGGACACACUGGAUCGAUCAUCAGCAUGUCCCUUAUGCCCACAAGGGGGACGAGUGGGUUGGCUAUGAUGACCCCACCAGCUUCAGGUACAAGGCAUCUUUCGUAAAGAGAGAGCACUAUGGGGGGGCCAUGGUAUGGACAUUGGACCUGGAUGACGUCAGGGGCACUUUCUGUGGCACUGGCCCUUUCCCCCUUGUCCACGUGUUAAAGAACCUCCUGCUGCAGGCUGAGUCCAGUUCAACCCUUUCACCAAAAUGUUGGCUCUCAUCUGCUAUGAAUUCUUCAAGGACUGGCCCUGGAAGGCUGGCUGUGACCAAGGCACUGCCCAAAGAUUCGGGGAUUUUCCUCCCAGGAGGAGAGGGUGUGGCCACUGAGACCCCGAGAAAGAUGGAAAAUAUGACUACAAUCCCCAGAGGUGGGGUUGUGACCCCUACAAGGGGAGCUGCAUCCUUUGUAAAGCACACUGUGGUUCUACAAGGGAAGACUGAGGCCCCUGGGGAAAACGCCAUGACCCCUGUGAUCCCUGAACAGAUGACGAUGGCCUCUGUGCAUCUUCUGACUGAGACCUCUGGAGUGAAGAGAGUGGUCCACGGGAGGAAGGCUGUAGCACCUGCAAAGAUGUCUGUCCCCUUGGGAAAGGUGACAGGGACCCCUGAUGGGAAGACAAAGACUCUAAGCGGAGAGAAUUUGACAUCUGAGGUGGGCAGACCUCUGAUAGGUCACUUUGGUCUUUAGAUGGAAGCUGAAAACAGGAUGACACAUUUCUCUUGCUUUGACAACCCCUUUGUUCCCAUUGAUGGAAACCAUUCUGUCAACCUGACGACCCUUCCAACCAGUGCUCUUUCUCUAAAGAAAGAAAACUCAGCUGUGGAUCAAGGAGCCUGA